AUGUUCUUUGAGAGCCGGGUGUGGCGUCCCACAACAGAGGAGACUCGAACUUUUUCCAUGACUGUAUCUUCAGAGUUUCAAACAUCUCUCAACAUUAUAAGUGAAACAGCAUCAAAGCUAUGUGUGCCAGAAAUGGACACAGUGUUAGAUUCAGAGGAUGUGCGCUACUUUGUACCAGAAACUGUGACAGGGGCAGAUGUUCAGGAUAUGGAGGGAGCAGUUUUAGCCACACCCACUGAUACAGACCUUUGGCUUCGCUUGGCUUACAGCAAGCUCUCCAAUCCCUCUCGCUCCAGGGAGGAAAACUUGAACCUAGCACUAAAUGUGCUGGCCAGGGGCCUUGAAAGCAACAAAGAUUGUGUGGACUUGUGGACUUACUAUCUUACUCUCUACCGUUGUCAUGGUGAUUCUAGCACUGACUAUUUAGACUUGUGCAACACAGCUUUGGAAUAUGCUCCCUGCUAUGAAAUUUGGUGGCAGCUUCUGGAGGCCAGCAGUGGUUUCCAGGCCAAGGACACAGUGUGCAUCAGAGCUCUGAACUUCCUGUGCAGGGACGUGGAUGGCGAGUUAUCCUUGUCGGAUAGCAAGGAUGAGGUUCAAUCUCACCAGAUGUUGGAGAUGAUUCUUUACAAGGUCACUCUGAACAGUCAGUCUGGGCGCUUCAAAACGGCACUGAACUUUUUCCAGAGUGUGGCCGGAGUGCGGGAGAGCACGCACGGCGAGGAACGCUACCGUCAGAGUCUGACACAUGCUGACAUCUGCGUGCUGUGGAUCUGCCUCGUGCACCUCAUGGAGUUCCAGACGCUACCUGCCGCCCUGUAUGACCCAUCCAAUCAGAAUCCAGGACGGAUUAUGUCAAAGGUCAGCAAAUCAAAGUGUAAUUAUGAAGGGUCUGUGGAUUCCGUGGCACAGCAAGCGCGACCCCACUACGCCUUUCGAUACACUGUCUUAUACCUGAGCCAGGCAGUGACACCUGUCGAGUCGCCUCCCCUUCCUCAUCUCACCUCUCCACAGUACGUGCAGGCAGCGCUGAACCUUACCCAGCUGCUGUGCUACCGCAACAAGUAUAUCGAGGCCUGUGAAACUCUGAGGCGCGUCCUGGAAUGGGCGCCUCACUUGGAGGAUUUGUGGCUGAUGGCUGCAGACAUCUACGCUGGGUCUGACGAUAUGGACAGCGCUAGACAGGUGCUAGUGGAUUCUGUAGCAUCCAAUAGCUACAGUGCAAAGCUGCAUUACAACCUCGCCUUACUCGAGCUUCUUCAGGACUGUGCAGACGAGGCCCUCGAGCUGAUGGAGCGAUUUGUCAUCAGUCACUUCAACGUGAGCGACGAGGAGAUGACAAAAGUUGAUCCAAACUAUCUGUUCUGCAAAAUUCUGGGUCUUGAUGUUCCCGUGAUGAAGAAAUUACCGCCAUUACGAGACGAAGUAAAGGAAAGGCAGAGCGGCACUGAUGUCCACCUGUGGCUGUGCUAUUGUUUGUUGCUCGAGCUUCAAGGGGAGACAAGCGAAGCAGUAGACGUCUUCGAGCAUGCGCUGUCAUCUACCAUUGACGCCGCCGACCUGUGUCUGGUUUGGAAAUGCUAUGUGCAGUUUCUAUAUCGCCGCCUACAUUCCUGCCCGCCCUCUCUGGCGCCGGCCACCCUCCAACAGCUGCAGGAGGCCAUGCUGCGCAGCGUCACUACAGCUCCCACCCUCCUGCCCGCACCCUACUGGCGCAGACAGCGCUGCAAACAGCCCUUGUGGCGUGACUUCAGUCACGUGAAUGCGCUGGUGGACUUCUAUAUCAUGCUCGUGGCACCGGACACUCAGGCCACGGCGCUGCAGACCUUCCUGGACCUCAUGCCUAGCAACGUCUUAUUGCUUAUCAGGUGCAUAGAAGUAGCUAUCAAGGAUGAACAAAGGCGAAGAGCACGAAGUCUGUGUACAACUUCUGUUUAUGAUCGAGUAGCAAACCUACAGCUCUGGAAACUGGCUCUGAGUCUAGCGCAGGAGGAAGGAACGCCGCAAGAGGUGGAACGGCUGUUUGUCAGAGCUGUGAGAGCCAUGCCGCUGUCGGUAACACUGUGGAAAGAUUUUCUGCUGUAUGAGGUCUCACAGGAAAAUUCAACAGCCGUCCAGAACAUUCUUACCCAGUGCCAGGGACUUGGACUCAACAUACAGGGUUAUGUGGCCACUAUAUCCUCCUCGGCCUCCUGAGAACCGGAGGAAGAAAAGGACGCUUGCAUAACCAACACCAUGGGGUUGCAGGUAACGACAGGCGGAGCACUUGAGAAGGCUCCAUUCCGUGAAGAUGACCACUGCUUUAGAACGACGACGCCAGGCCACGACGCGUAAAACUUGAACCAGAAGGCAGACACGUAUCAGCUUUUUAUGGCUUUUGUCUUUUGGGUUCCAUGGUACAGGAUCAGAGAAUCAGAUAUAAAUUUCGCGUUUGCGCUUCAAGUGUUAUGACCAUGGGUUAAAAGAAAGAAGAGAAGAAAGAAAAAACAGGAAAGAAGCUUUUCUAAGCUUCAAAAUCUUCGCUACCGGGUUUGCGAACUGCUCUCUCAGGGAAGACGAUCUUGCUGUGGCAUGUAGAACACAAUGGACAUUGUUUUGAAAUAAGGCUGUACUAGAAAUAAAUUGCAGCAACAAUCGGUAAGAAACGCAUCUUUCAAGGUACAGCUAACGCGGCACGAGUGAAACAAAGUCCUAGGCAACAUUUGUUUAUAACGUACACGCGUGUUAAUUCAUUUACUGCUGACGACGCCCUGUCAAUGUUUCUGAAGAGGUAAUUAUUAGUUGAGGCGCUUGUCACUCAUAACAUUUCUCGGCAGCAUGCGUCUGAUACACAUUUGCAUUAAGAGUGUUUGAUUGCGCGUGUCUGCAAAUGAGUGGAUUAAGAUGAAUUGAGUGUCGUUACUGUUAGGGUUUGAAGUCUUUGCAAGCAGUUUAUUUAAUUCUCAUCGGGGAAUUACAGUCAUUCGUCCCCCGUCCCCUUUCUCUCUCUCUCUCUUUAUCCUGAAAAUAUUUACAUUCCCCAUGUCAGUAAGAUUUGCCGAAAUUAAAGGAGGGUUGCUAGAUUUCGCACCAAGUGUCCACAGGUGGUUUAGUAACUAGGGAGGGGGAACACAUUUUAGUGGUCUGUUAAUGACAGUCUACCAGUGUUUUGUAAUUAUAGCAGUUGAUGAACUUGUUCCUCAGUAGCUAUUACGGAGAGUUCGUUCAAGCACGUGUAUCUUCUGUCACUGCUGCUGUGAUAGUUCUGUGAUUUUUGUCCACCAAUAUCACGUUUGCUGUGUGUGUGAGAGAGAGAGAUUUACCCACCUCCCCUCGUUGUGCUGUUGAUUUAUGGACAUUUGCUGCCACAGUCCCACUAUCGUUAGUCGUCUUUCGUGCAAUGGAGCGGUAUGACACUGUUCCACAGCUACGUUUUACACUUUGGCGGACGGCAUAGAAAGUUGUGAGAACGACUGCAGGACGAAUGCCAGGCUUUGAGUACUAUUGGUCUUCUAACUUCAGCUUGCCAUUGAAGAGCCUUCGGCUGAAUGCAAAACGCCUGUGCCCAAUGGAUGCGCGAGGGAAGGUCAACCAUUCACGGGAAAAGCCAUUAACUCUGCUUCAAAGCUCUGCUCAGCUGCUGCUUCUGCAAAUCGUUCAGGAAGAGGCUUGCAUUUCUCAUUAACGUCUUCUGUGAAGUCAACACUAACUUCACCGCUGCUGUUGUUUUGCUACCAACACGGUGUGGGGGGCCACAGUGGUGGCACAGCCCUGGUGUUCUUCGUGUUCUGCGACCAGGAAAGGUUGAAUUCCACUCGUGACCAGACCGAGUACGUAGAUGAUACCGAAGUGGGCGGGAGGAAGAGCAGUUCCCAUUCCAGCCACGAGCGAGCGAACGAACUGCUGAAGAUGUUGGUACCCACCGGAACACGUGGCUAAUGCAUUUUUUGGCGGAAGACUUGGGCCUUGUGUUUAUGCUCCCGUGUGCCAAUACAAAGGCAUUAAAAAGUUCUUCAUGAUGAGAAUGGCAGCACCAGCACAAUUGAGCAUUUACCUUCCGUUGUGAGGAGAUACCGGUGUUGGCACCACAAGAGAUGGAAUCUCUCGGAACUUGCCACGCUGCUCUCUUGUCCACUGUCUUUUGCCAGUAAGCGUGGGCACACUGGACUGCUUGCGGACAUCUGUCAGCCAUAAGUAAACACGCAGUAAGUACGGGUAAUUUGGACUGCAUGUGUACAUACAGUAUGUUACUGGUCUUCAUUUCUUUUUUUGUGAAAUAUGGAUGGAAAGAGCCCAUUAUUAAAACUGUGAACUAGUCUUUUCUUCCUGUCCCUCCAUUCACCCCAAAAACCUUGCUUUUGUGGGGACUGCUGACAAUAAAUACAUGUAUCCUGCUUUUUGCUGAACAAUUUAUUUUCGUCAUAGUACGCUGCCUUAAGUAAAACGACAGUGAUUUGUAAUAGUUAAGACUCUUCCAAAAUGCGCAUACCCGAAUAGCUAUAUAAUAGCCACCACACUAUUCCUUC